CAAAUGCGACGGCGGCGGUCCAAAAGUAUCCACCUUGUUUGUCUACAAGCGAUUGUGAGACCGAGACAUUUCCAAAAAUUGGUAAUUGAGUCUAAUUAAUUAAACGCUUAGCGGCAGUGGCCGAUGCAGCACUGACAAAUGUGUUCAAAGCGUUAAAAUCACCAUAAUCGACCAUCGAAAUGGCUACUUGUCCAUCGAGAGCGCAUUCAUUUCUGCAGUUUAAAAAUUAGUGUACAUGAGAAACGUAAGUUGAUUUACAUCGCCAUAUACGCCAUUGCCGUGGAAGAAAAUCUUGUAAACAAAUCCAUUGGCGCAAUUGUGCUGUCCAUUUCUCGUGUCACGUAAACGUGGACAAUAUUACUCAUAGGAUGUUAUCCAUUGUACUAGCUGACGCGUCAUAAGGGAUGCAGCUCGACGUCUUUAUUGCGCCGAGAUGAUUAAACUUAAGUAUGUAUAAUUACAAUCACUUGCUGCACUGUCGUAUCUGUUCCCAUCGCAAUGUCAUGCUUCAUCGCCACUUCACAAAUGAACGGCGUCCUGCCGAUAGUGACAAAACUUGCGUCUUAACAUUCCAUCUGUCACAUGUCCCGCGACAUUGGAGCCAACAAAGUGAUUCGAUACGAGUGGCCAUAAUUAAAUGCCUUCGACACGUCUCCAUCGCACGUGACCACAAUAUUAUUCGUCGUUAAAGCACCGUUUGUCACAGUGAUCAAUGCUUUUUUAAUGGUACUAGCAUCUGCAUGCCACGAUAUUGCACUAGUCUGCGCGUUAACAGACUUAAAUGAGCCCAACUUUAGUGGAUCUGCCACUUCUCUAACGAAUAAUAACGCAAC